AUGCUCUGCAGCUGGCUGGGUCAGGGAGGAGCCGGAGCCUCCCCCAGUGAAGUGGGCCGGGAGGGUGCCCUUGAGCUUGCUGCUGGCCUCCGCAGCCCUCCCCCUGGGUGGGGGCUGACACCCAGCCCCAGCCGGCCGUUUCCCUGCCAGGAGCAUCCUCCUGGCCUGGGAGCCGUCCCUCCCCGUGCAGAGGAACCGGCAGCCACAGUUGCUGAUCCUAGUUGGGUGCCCUCGCUGACUCCCAGGGUCCGUGGCUGUGAGAUGGUGCCAGAAUGGGCCCCUCUGUGCCUGCUGGACACGUGGGGUGACGUUUCCUGGAAAGGCCUUGGCUGUGGCCUGGCACAGGCAAAGAAGAGCCUGUGGCUUCUGUGUGAUGUUCCUCUGCCUGCCCGUACCUCGUGGCCCUGCACACAGUCCUGCGGAGUUCCGGGUGGUCCAAAACAGACACAGGGAUCCUUCUUCCUGUUUAAAUGCUACUUAAUUUUAUUUGUUUUAGAGACAGGAUCUUGCUCUGUUGCCCAGGCUGGAAUGUGGUGGUGUGUUCACAGCUCACUGAAGCCUUGACCUCCUAGGCUCAAGAGAUCCUCCCACCUUAGCCUCCCAAGUAGCUGGGACCACAGGCACCCAACCACCACACCCAGCUCAUUUUUUAUAUUUUUUGUAGAGAUGGGGUCUUGCCAUGUUGCCUAGGCUGGUCUUGAACUCAAGCAAUCUGCUCAUCUUGGCCUUCCAAAGUGAUGGGAUUACAGGCAUGAGCCACUGAGCCUGGCACUAAAUGUAAUUUUUUUGUUUGUUAGAGACAGAGUCUUGCUCUGUCGCCAGGCUGGAGUGCAGUGGUGUGAUCCUGGCUCACUGCAACCUCUGCCUCCUGGGUUCAAGCGAUUCUCUUGCCUCAGCCUCCUGAGUAGCUGGGAUUACAGGUGCACGCCCCAUGCCUGGCUAAUUUUGUAUUUUUAGUAGAGGUGGGGUUUCACCAUGUUGGCCAGGAUGGUCUCGAACUCCUGACCUGGUGAUCCACCCGCCUUGGUCUCCCAAAGUGCUGGGAUGACAGGCAUGAGCCACUGCGCCCGGCCCCUAAAUGUAAUUUUAAAGAUGGGUACAACACUGAUGUGAUUUCAAGGGAAAGGCGGCAGCUGCCCGUGACUAGCCCUCCUCCCACCUCCUCUGCAGCCUCCAGUUCCCGGCCUCCAGCUGUCCCUGCAGGGUUCCCGGGAACAGGAGGGCCUUCCGCCUUCACAGGCAUAGGCAACAGGCAGCUGUUUUCCACUGCGCUUUCAUCACCGAGUGAGCUGCAUUCGUUCCCCGUGGGCCUUAAAGCAGCACACUCUCAGCGCUGGGCUGGGAAGUCCAAAGUCAGCCUUGCUGGGCUCAGGUCAAGCUGUGGGCAGGGCUGGGCCUCCCGGAGGCUCCAGGGGAGAGUCAGUGCCAGCCUUUCCCAGCAUCUGGAGGACCCUGCAUCCCUCGGCUCAGGGCCCUUCCUCCCCUUCAAACCCACAGCACAGCCUCUUCAGUCUCUCUGACUGUCACCCUCCUGCCUCCCUCUUUAAAGGACCCUGUGAUAACACAGGAUGUUCACCCACCCUCAGGGUCCUUCAUUCAAGUCGCACCUGCAGUCUCUGGCUGAGUGAGGUGGCCUGGCCACAGGUCCCAGGGAUUAGGAUGGGGACUUGCUUGGGGAGGCGCUUGUUCUGCUGGCGGGUAUGUCUCAGGGGAGCAGCUUGGGAAACCAGCCAUUUCUUUUUUCCUUUUUCUUUUUCUUUUUUUGUUUUUUUGAGAUGGAGUUUUGCUCUUAUUGCCCAGGAUAGAGUGCAAUGGCUCAGUCUCGGCUCACUGCAACCUCCGCCUCCCAGGUUCGAGCGAUUCUCUUGCCUCAGCCUCCCGAGUAGCUGGGAUUACAGGCAUGGGUCACCACGGCUGGGUAAUUGUUUUGUAUUUUUAGUAGAGAUGGGGUUUCUCCUUCUUGGUCAGGCUGGUCUCGAACUCCUGACCUCAGGUGAUCCGCCCGCCUCGGCCUCUCAAAGUGCUGGGAUUACAGGUGUGAGCCACCACGCCCGUCCGAAACCAGCCAUUUCUUUCCUAUGCCUGCUGGGGUUUGAGGGGGUGUGUGUGGGAGCCAUAGGGGGAGCCUCCAGUUCUGUUGCUGUUCUCCGCGCCGCCCACAGUGGGAGGUCUUAUGCCUGCCUCCCCUUGGCUGUGUCCAGCCAUUUCUUUGCACGGAGGUCUUAGCACCCUGUGGGAGUCGAUCUCCAGGUGGGCCGAAGGGCAGGCAGGACCUUCAGACAAGCUGCACGUUCAGUCAGAAUCAAGUCAGAGCCAAGCGGUGUCUUGGCACGGGCAGGUUCCCGUGGGGCCGUUGCCUUUUGCUACAUGGUGUCACGGCUCCUUAUCAGCCUAUCGGGGAUGUGUGUCAGCAUUCACGUCCCUCUUGGUAGUCGGCGUUGGGUGCAGCAUGAAUGAAGGCCAAAUUGCAUUUGCUGUACCCCGUGGGACUGCGGGCUUGGUGUGGGCCCGGCUGCGCCUUUGUUGGAAUCUUUGAUCUCGCUGGGUUUGUGGAGCUGCUUUUCAAAGGCGAGAGUGUGCAGCAUUCCUUCCCCCUCUUCUUCCCCGUAGCAGUGUGACUUGGAGGUCCCUGCAGGGCGCACGACUCCCCCUUAACCCCAGGUGACCUGCGUUUAGGCUUCUAGGUCAUCUCCUGCAUUAUUUAUUGUUGUGUUUUUGCAGUGAAGUCCGCAGCGGACGCAUCUGUACCUCCGCCCUGUGCGGUCUGUCUGUGGCACGGGUUCUGAGGAUUCUGAGUCUGAAGGUGUGGUGUUGAAGCUGCAUGGGAUGGUUGCGAAACUGUUCUGCGAGAUCUCGGCCUGUGCAUGGCCCCCUCAGUGACGGGCAAGGGAGAUUUCACCCCAUCUAGAGCCUCAUUUGCCAUCUAAGGGGAUAUAGCAUCUACAGGUUCCAGGAAUUAGGACGCAGGGGUCUUUGGCGCCGUUUCCUGCCAACUCCAGAGGAUCAGACCUAUUGACCUUUAGAGACCUUUAGAGAUGUUACGGAAUUACAUUCGGUGGAACUUUAUUUUUUUUUUUUUUUAAGAGUUGGGGUCUUGCUUUGUUGCCAAGGCCAGAGUGCAGAGGCACAGUCCUGGCUCACUGCAGCCUCAAGCCCCUGGGCUCGAGUGAUUCUCCCACUUCAGCCUCCCACACAGCUAGGACCACAGGUGCGUGUCACCGUGCUCAGCUUAGUUUUAAGUAUUUUUUUAAGAGAUGGGAUCUGUGUCAUCCAGGCUGGUCUUAAACUCCUGAGCUCAAGCAAUAUCCUCCCGCCUCGGCCUCCCAAGGUGCUGAGGUGAUCGGCGUGAGCCACUGUGCCUGGCUGUGCCCAGUCGAAUUUCUGAUGGUCAACUUGUAAGUUUCUGGAGGAAGUAUUUGAACUUGGUUUUUAUUCCUUCGCUGGAAUAUUGGGCUCCACUUGCUUGUGUUUUCUUUAGACUCCUUCAGCCUGUCCCCACGGGAGGCUCCUGUGGUUCUGACUUCUGUGCUGACAUUGGUGGCACUGAGGUUGUGAGGGUCUGCUAGAAUGUGUCCUGGAACCAUGUAAAUAACAUAUGAGUCACAUGUUCCCAGCUGCCCCCCGGGAAGACAGUUCAGCUGUGUGCUUCAAGCCAGGCACAGCAGCUCUGGCUAUAGUCCCAGCUAUCUUGGAGGCUGAGGUGGGAGGAUUGCUUGAGUCUAGGAGUUCAAAGCCAACCUGGCCGACAUGGUGAGACCCCACCUCUACAAGGGUUUCACUCUUGUCGCCCAGGCUGGAGUGCAAUGGUGUGAUCUCGGCUCACCGAAACCUCUGCCUCCCAGGUUCAAGCGAUUCUCCUGCCUCAGCCUCCUGAGUAGCUGGGAUUACAGGCGCACGCCACCACACCCGGCUACUUUUGUAUUUUUAGUAGAGAUGGGGUUUCUCCAUGUUGGUCUGGAGUUCAAGACUGGCCAACAUAGUGAAACUCUAUCUACUAAAAAUACAAAAAUUAGCUGGGUGUGAUGGCGCAUGCCUGUAAUCCCAGCUACUUGGGAGGCUGAGGCAGGAGAGUUGCUUGAAUUCGGGAGAUAGAGGCUGCGGUGAGCCAAGGUUGCACCACUACACUGCAGCUUGGGUGGCAGAGAGACUGUCUCAAAAAAAAAAAAAAAAAAAAUCUUACUGUGGAUUUUGCAGGGUGACCCAUCAACUGAGCAUGUCCCCAUCCCCCUGGCCCUGCUCAGCCAUGGCCACUUCUGUGACCUCUGUUUCUGCAGGACAGGUACAGCCCAGUGAAUGUUCCUAUAGGCAGGAAAGCCCGUGGGACAGAGCCCUGAGCUCACCCCCGCCGGACACAUGGCACAUGGCCGCCACACCGCAGGCACACCACAGCCACACCACAGGCACACCACAGCCACACCACAGGCACACCACAGCCACACCACAGGCACACCACAGCCACACCGCAGACACACCACAGCCACACCGCAGGCACACCGCAGCCACACCGCAGGCACACCGCAGCCACACCGCAGGCACACCGCAGCCACACCGCAACCACACCGCAGGCACACCGCAGCCACACCGCAACCACACCGCAGGCACACCGCAGCCACACCGCAACCACACCGCAGGCACACCGCAGCCACUCCGCAACCACACCACAGGCACACCGCAGCCACACCACAGGCACACCACAGGCACACCGCAGGCACACCACAACCACACCACAGGCACACCGCAGCCACACCACAACCACACCACAGCCACACCGCAGCCACACGACAGGCACACCGCAGCCACACCGCAGGCACACCACAGCCACACCACAGGCACACCACAACCACACCACAGGCACACCGCAGCCACACCACAACCACACCACAGGCACACCGCAGCCACACCACAGGCACACCACAGCCACACCGCAGGCACACCGCAGGCACACCACAGCCACACCACAGCCACACCACAGGCACACCACAGGCACAUGCCACCACACCACCGCAGGCACACCACAGCCACACUACAGGCACACCACAGGCACACUGCUGGCUGGGUGGGGCCGUGUUGGCCGAGGAAGGGCUCUCCUGUGUCCACCGUCAGGCUGUGGUUGUCGGCCCAGCCCAGGCCUGCCUCAGCCCAGCACUCUGAAUGCUGGGAGCUCCACACCUGCCUGCCCCGGGGAGUUCUAGCCUGUCGCCUGUCCACCCCGCCGUGGUCAUUGUGCUCAUUCCAUGAGCCGUGUGAGGGAGCCUCCAGGACCCAUGGAGCUGUGUGUCACGCAGCCCAGGCCCGUCGAGCGCCCAUUGGUCAGGGCAGGGCGGGGCCCGGCACAGGGCCUGAGAAGGCGCCAUGGCCUGUACCCAGCUGGGCACCCCAGAGCCUUGGCGGGUGCCAGUGCGCGGUGGGUUUCGGAGGCGGGUCUCUUCCCUUCCCUGCAGUUUGAGGCCGGGGCUGCCCCCACGCUGCGGGCUCCUCUCUGGCAGGCUGGUCACAGCUGUGCUGUCUG